AUUCCGUCCAUGGGUAAAGGAGCUGUGAAGUUGUUUGUGUUGUGAAGCAAACUCUCUAGCGCAAGUGUUUUUUAAAAUAACUACAAACAAAAAAAGCUGUUUGGGGCACAUUGUGACGUAUUGAACUGUGCAGAUAGCAUUGGACAGCUAUUGCCAGGAGACGGUAUAUAACGUUGUAGAUAGAUUGCUAGCUAACACGGACACAGGCCUAAUCAAUCCACGGUGGCAAAGGAAAGCAAGUGGUACCUGUCGCGAGCAUGGACUCUUGGAUUCGAUUUAGUGCGCAGAGCCAAGCCAAGGAGCGAGUUAUCAGGUGCAGUAGCCAAAAUGUCGUAUGAGAGUUGAGAUUUCUCAAGACAGAUAGUAAUAUACCAUCAUGUCAACAAGUCAGAAUUGUGUUAUGUGUUAACAUUAAGACUACGUUACCCAGCAGGCUAUGCGAGGGUGGGGGAAUUGAAGUAUGACUUGCAUGGCUACACAAGGAGAUUGCUAGCUUAAAUAUCUGUUUAUUAAAAGUAGUUAAACCUACGCCCCGGUUUGUUAUUAUACAAGUAACAAACAUAACAAGAAUCAGCUUGCAGGUUUCAAGUUACAUUUAUUACACUUAUACAAACAGAAAACCAUGAGCAUACAAAAUAUGAAUGUAUAAGAGGACGAAAAAGUACAAAUAACAAUAAAUAACUUUAUAAAAAGUCCAGCAAUGUAGGUGACCUUUUGUGCCGUUCAGUUCUCGACUUUGGUAGGUUUUUGUCUGCGGUUGUUCCUGCCCGUCACUGCCUACCUCCCCGUUUAUUGGGUACUGCGGGACAGCUGAUUUUCGGUUCGAAUUGAAGGGGUUCAGGGGGGGGCCUCAUGCAUAAUGAGGCUCGUGCAGUGUUUUGUCUCGGGCUUUCCCAAAUCUGGAUAAAUUAAACCAUAAAAAUUGCUAUUUUCAGCCUUUCUCUAUCAAGUGGCCAUAGUCCCAACUGCAUUUGGUAUUCUACUGAUAGUUAGCUACAGUACAUGAAAGUAAGUACCAGUUGCCCUUGACAUGAAAACACACUCUGGACGAAGUUGUGCCCAAGUUAUUCAUCGCAAGAUGCAAACAUUUACUGAACUGUAGUAACAUAGCUAUAUUCAGAUUUGGACACAUAUUAUUCAUUUUCUGUGUUUACACAGGGCUGCACAGUACACCUGUACAUUGCUAGGUUACACACUCCAGAAGGGUGGGGCAGGUGUUGAGCUCCUGAAGACAGUGAAACAACUGGAAGCUCAUAUGAGCCUAACAAGGAAGUGUAAGUCAAUGUUACAUCUCUGUGUCUCAAGAUUGUGACUCAGGCUUACUCUCUGUACAUCCAUUGGUAUUUCUCUGUGCCUCAAUUCAGUGUCUCUGGGUCUCACAUCACUCUCUCCUCUCUCUUUCUCCAGUGAUGCGUCUGGGGAACUCUGCAGAGGCUGUGGAGGCAGCAAAACGUGCGGUGCACCUCUCGGACAGCGUGCUACGUCUCUGCCUGACCGUGGCCCACCUCAACAAGGCCAUGUACUUUGCCUGUGACAACGUGCUGUGGGCCGGCAAGGUGGGCCUCCUGCCCCAACUGGACCAGGACAAGUGGAGCCAGAGAUCCUUCAGGUGACUGUUAUAAUUUGGAACCUUAAGCCCUAAAAUACACCGCAUUAGGAAUCAGUGUAUUUGAGUUGGCCAAGGUCAUCGGAAAUCCUGUAAUGAACUUUACUACAAUUGGCAGUUGUUAACUACAUUCUCUCCCUAGAGCUAUUUUCUAUCUCUUUCGUUAUCUAAUUCUACCUCUUAACUCCCCCUCUUUGCCACUUUUUAUUUUGUUCAAUGUCUCCUACUCUUCCGGUCUCACACUCUUUACUUUCUCUCAUAUUUUACAUGAAUCUCUCUCUGUCUCACACGUUCUUACACAUUUCUGUCUCUCUGCCUCACACUCUUAAUCUCUCACACAUUUCUCUCUCUUUCUCUACAGGUACUACCUCUUUGCCCUCAUCCUCACCCUAACCAGGGAUGCCUACGAGAUCCGCCUGCUUAUGGAGUGUGAGGCCUGCUCCUCCCAUGGGGGGUCAAAGGCUACCUGGACCUCUUCUCCUCUCUCUCCACCACCCACUCCGCUCACCCCUGAGAACGGCGACCUCUCUGACCCCUCUUCACUCCCCGGAGCCAUAUUACCCCUUCUGUCCGUACGCCUCCGCAGACAGUUCCACCUGCUGGUGACGGUGCUGCGCAACAACCCACCGCUGCUGCUGGACCUGCUGAAGAAUGCGUGCGACGUGUUCAUCCCGCUAGACCGGCUGGGCAUCUACCCCACCGGCCAUGGCUUCGUAGGGGCCUGUGGCCUGGCCUCCUCGGUCCUCUCCAUCCUCACCAUCGUCCACCCCUGGCUCAAGCUCAAACCUUGA